AUGAGUCUGUGCGCCAAGCCAGGUCGCUCCGCGCAGUUCGCGCUUCCGCGCCUCGGCACUCGAAUGACCGUGUCCUCUUCGUCUCUCUCAGCCCUUAGCGCCGCGACCUGCCUGACUGGUGGCGCGGGGAAACGCUCGCAGCACUGCGGCUCCGGCGGGCGGGCUCUGCGUGGGGCCCCGCCGAGCUUCCCGGGAGCCUCUCCCGCAGCCGAUGGGCGUCUAGGGGCGCAGAACGAAGAGUGGGCGCCGAAACGGAUGUCGGCGCUGGAGGCCGACGGCGAGGCCCGGCGAGGCCAGGCUUCUCGGCGAGAAUGGCCGCGCGGGCUGGGAGCCCCGCCCCGGGAUGGGGUGAAUGGAGCCGCCCGAGGUAGGGGAGUUGGGGGUGGUGGUUGUGAAGACAGUCGGAGUCAGGCUCCAGGCAGACGAAACACCGGGGCGCGCCAGGGUCCAUUUCCUCCUUUUCUCCGUUUUCCCACCGGCCUGGUAGAUGCCGAGCCAGCAGUCGGGCUGGAGCGGAGGCUGAGGGUCGCCGUUCCGCGGGAGGUCUCUCGCCCCGGGUUAGGCCCCACCCCGCGGUGGCGGUCGCGUGGCGCUGUCCUGGAGUUGAGCUGUGCCCGCGCCGCGGCCCGCACGCCCAGGUCCGCACACCGCCGCCCGCAGGCAGGGACGCCUACAACCUCGCUUCUCACCAGGCACCCAGCUCGGGGCUGGGAACGGGAAGGGUGCAUUUCCGUGUGGGGUGGGGGCGAUUCCCGGCUGUCGGCGGUGGGGCUAGGCCUUGCGGCGGAAGAGCCAGGCCUUCGCGGCUUUCCAGCCAGCCGGGUUCGGGAUUUCUCGACGGUCGGACCGGUGGAGGCGAGGGUGGGCGGCUAUCCCCCAGCCUCUUCAGGAAGAAGCCGUGGGGCCACGGAAGCAAGGCUUCAACUUCCCGUUGCCCAGCCUCCAGGAAGAGGAGGCCCUCCUAUGCCUCCUGACAUCACAUUGCCUACUCCUCAAACUCUUCUGCUAAAGUUCUCUCAUGGAGACGACAGCAAGCAGGAUCCUGUGGAGUCAUCCAGGAAGCACAGUGAGGGGCAGUCGGUUGGAGGACCUAACAGUGCCUUCUGCCCCUGGCACAUUCGCCACAGAAGAAGACUACUCUGGGACUCAGCAGUAUGGGAUGGUGCUGUGGCAGCAGUCUCCUUGGAGCUCACUGGAUCCUUAGAAUUAUUUUGUGAUGCUUGUUCUGCAUCUUGAAAUGACGACCUGUGCCUCUGGGACUCAGCUGCAAGGAAGACAAGUGGAAGUGCACUGGACGGAUGGAUGAAGGCACUCUCCCAGGCUUCCAACUCUUGGUAAGUGUGCAUUUUCUAAUUACAUUUGUCAGCCUGGGUUUCAGACAGGAGAGCUCAAAAAAUGUAUUCCAGUUUUACAAAUAGCAACGGUUUUUUAAAGACAGCAACUCAAUGAUUCAAGAAUGACAUCUUUUCUCUUAUUCUUGUCUUCAAGAGUAAGAAGUAAACUCCCAGGAAACAGAAUUGGUUUCCUCUCCCAGGAGUUGGGUUGUAGAUGGAGCAUGCAAGUUCUUCAAAAUGAUCCCGUGGCUUAGAAGCAAGAAGAGGGGAAGGUAGAAUGAACUUGCAUCCAAGGGGCCUUCUAGAGAGUGUGGAAUCCUGAAUUGUACAUAACAGAGUGUGCCUGGGAAACAGGAGAGGUGGAUGUCUACCCAAAGCAUCAUUUUAACAGGCAAAGCUACUCCCUCUCCCUAAGGAGCUACAAAACCCAUAGCAAGAUCAUGUGGCAACUAGGGCCACCUGCUUCAAAUAGGGUUUUCUCUCCCGGCUUUGAUCCUUUACCCCCAAUCAUUUCCCUUCUCUGUGACACACAGAGUAUAUAACACCACCUUAGCAUUGAGUUUUAACCAUUUAUUCACAUAUAUUUGUUGAGUACUAUAUUCUGGGCAUCAUACUAGGCAUUGGGGAUUUAAUGAAGAACAAGACAGACAAAGUUCUUGCCAUUGUCAUUUAAAUCCCAGUAAGGGAGGUAGACAUGAAUCAGGUAAACAAAUAAAUGAAAGGGCCACAAAUUGUUAAUGCUUUGAAUGGAAUACAUUGAGCAUUAGAAUGGGCUUUAAUGGGAAGGUUUGUCUGAGGAGAAGAGUUAUGCUAGAUCUAAAGGCAGAGAAGGAGCCAGCCCCAUGCAGAGCUGGGAGGAAAGUGGCAACAGUGACAGAUGCCACAGGCAACACAAAGCUCUAAUGCCCAUAAGAGUGUGGCCUGACUGGGAUCAGCCAGAAGGCUGUUGUGACUAAGUGUGAUGAGUGAGGUUGGGCAGUGGCACGGACACAGAACAUCCUACAUGUAGUGGGAAGCCACUGAAUGGAUUUUAAGCAUGGAUGGGCAUAUUCUGAUUUAUGUCUUAAGAAGGUGAUUUUCUGCAAAUAUGGAAAUGAACUGGAGGUGGGCAAAGGUAAUAACAGGGAGGCCCUUCAGCGGGUAUUGCAGCCGAAGUGAGAGAUGGUGGCCAGAAUUGGAAUGAUGGUGAGUGUUCUUCUUCUUUUUGUUUCACGUAGAUUGAUUUGGUUUUUUUAAGGCAGUUUGAGAGUUCUCUGAGAACAAAGAGCUUAUUUUAUUCUUCACAGGAUAAAGGAGGAGCACUACUCCUCACCAUCAGAACCUUCAUAUGAUGCAACAAGAACAUACUUCUCUGCUUAGUCUUCAGUGCAGGGCAGCCUGACACAGGCUAUUCUUCUGGCCUCCUACACCAUCACUGCCCUUUUGGGGGACAUGAGCAUCAUGUCCUUCCCUUUUCUCCCUCUUCCCAAACCAUGACAGGCCUUUCCCAGAGCCCUUCUACCUAGAAUGUCCUUCUUUCUUUUUGGCAAAGCCUGGCUUUUCUUGCUAUCUAAAUUGUCUAAUAAAAUACCGACUCUCUGAAGGCUUUCCCUGACUCCCUGGGGUAGUGGCAACAAAGUGCACCUCUGUGCUCCCAUGGUGCUUUGUUCAUGUCUAGAGUUUUGCACCUGCUCACACCAUGUUGUAUACUCUGCUUGAGUGUCUAUCUCCUAACCAGAUCCCUAGCUCCUAGUUAAAAACUCAUUGCCAAAUCUCAGCCUUUUCUUUAAAGAGGAGUCAAGGUGAGGAUAGAUUUUGAAUCAUGUUAUUUGAAAUCAUGUUAUUACAUGGUUAAUAUUAAUGAAUCUUAUCAUUAUAAACUUCUAUUGUACUUUAUAUUUCCAUUAAACUUUUAA